AUGGUGGACAGACACGGCAUCAGACCAGACCCAGAUGCAGUAGAAGCGGUUCUGACCUGGAAAUGGCCAAGAACGAAACAUCAGUUGAUGAGCUUCCUGGGUUUUGCGAACUAUUACAGGGAGUUCAUCGAGGGCUACGCGGACAAUAUAUACCCGAUGCAACAACUAAUGAGGCACAAAGGCAAGAAGUUCACGUGGAGCAACGCGGCGGAAGAGUCAUUCCAGAGAAUAAAGAAAGAGUUGUGCGAGGUACCGGUGCUAGGGAUGCCAGCGGAAAAAGGAAUGUACGUGCUGGACACGGAUGCAUCAAGAACCGGAAUGGAAUGGGAAGACAGUCUUAAGACCAAAAGCGCAUGGGAAUAA